AUGUUGAAAUUUUUUCUCUGCUUCUUGCCUCUCACUGCCAUGACAUUCGACAUCCUGGAUGCUCCAAUCAAUUCUUGGUUAGUGCCUUUUAGCGUAUCGAAAUCCAGAUUGGCACGUGAGUAUAAUGACGUGAGCGUUCUCGAACUAUACCAUUGGGCACAAUUGAGACAAAUACUCAAAAAUACGGAGGGCUUCAACGCCCUGCCUUCCCUUUCGGGACAAAUGAAAGACGAUAUCAUCAAGAUGCUGUAUGAAUACAUCAUCGCCACGGACUUGGCGCGCCAUUUCACAUUUAUUCAAAAAUUGACUGUUUUUUUAUCUCAGAAAAGCUACUCGCAAAUUUUUGAAACAAAGCCUGGUCGUAUCUUAAUUAGUUGCUGUAUCAUAAAAUUUUCUGACAUUUCAAAUGUGUCGCGGCCUUUCCAUAUUUACAUGAAAUGGGUCAAUUCUCUAGUUAAUGAAUGCAUCAUUCAGAACAAGAUGGAGGAUAUAUUUCAAUUUCCAUGUCACCAGUUUGAUGUGUCUAACAUUUCCGCCUUUCAGCGCCAUUUCAUGGAUAAGAUCGUGAUGCCCUUUUUUAAGGUCUUGUCGCAAUUUUUUCAAGGACCUCUUACCGAUGCUUUUAAUAUUUAUGCGGCAAAUCGAAUGUAUUGGAACAUAUUCCACGAGGCUAUGCCAGUUUGA